UGUGAAACGGUUUUUGUACUUCCUCAAUCGUUCGUAUAGUCUUGGUGUAACGAAGGGAAGGUUUUAAAUCUGUAUUAAUUUUAAAGUGAAUAUUAAGUACUCAGAUCCACAUUUUACAGAAGUCAAAUGGAAUAAAUGAUUGUACGAUUUUCGUUGGUCAGAUUGUGUGCAUCAUGGAAUUCUUGCCCAAGUCCAGGUGAGUACCGUUGCUGAUUGUAUACACGGCGAGGAUACCAUUUCUACGCCGGAAGAAUGAAUCGCAUUGGCGUUUUGGAUACGUGCACGUCCAGAAACUGUUUCAGCUCGUGUGGACUGUGGGGUGAUUUUUCGAGAAAAUGUCUCACCACAGCGAUGACAACAUGUUAAUAGCAACCAGUGACUCAUUCUGGGAACCUGGCAACUAUAAACGAACAACAAAACGGAUUGAAGAUGGAUACAGACUGUGUAAUGACCUUGUGACCCUCAUCCAAGAAAGAGCUGAUAUUGAGAAGGCAUAUGCAAAGAGCUUGAAGGGAUGGUCCAAGAAAUGGAAUGACCUGAUUGAAAAAGGUCCGGAGUAUGGCACAACAGAAGCAGCUUGGAAAGGAGUUUUGGGUGAGGCAGACAGGUUGUGUGACCUGCACUUGAAGGUCAGGGACAAUCUCUGUAAUGAUGUUGUGCAGCAAGUUAAAACAUGGCAGAAAGACACAUAUCAUAAGUCAAUGAUUCAAAUAAAGGAAAGGAAAGAAAUGGAAGAUUCGUUUAAAAAGGCACAGAAGCCAUGGUCAAAAUUGUUAGCGAAAGUGAACAAAACCAAGGUAGACUAUCAUACUGCAUGUAAAACUGAGAAGUCAGCCUCAAAUCAGGAAAGGAAUGCAUCAGCAGAUAGUUCCCUAUCACCAGAUCAGAAAGCAGCCAUGGUGAAGAAAAUGCAAGACCGUGUCCAGAAGUCUAAAGACGAUGUUCAGAAGGCUAAGGAGAAAUAUGAUGCAGCUUUAGAUGAAAUAAAUGGAUAUAACCCUAAAUAUAUGGAAGACAUGACUGUUGUAUUUGAUAAGUGCCAAGACAUGGAAGCACAGAGGUUGCAGUUUUUCAAGGAAAUUAUGUUCAGUAUUCACAAAUGUCUCAACAUUUCACAAGAUCCUGUUCUUCCUCAAAUCUAUGAAGAAUUCUAUCAUACAGUAAACAAUGCAGAUCAUGAGAAGGAUCUAAAAUGGUGGUCCAAUAUGUACGGUGUUAACAUGGCCAUGAAUUGGCCAUACUUUGAGGAAUACACAGAGGAGUUCAGGGAUAUUGCCAAGGGCAGGUCAAAAGAAGCUAUCCCAGGAAUCAUGCUCAUCAAUCAACGCCCUGUUGGAGAAGAUUUGCAUGAGUUUCCCCCUGUUAACAAUAAAGUAUCAAGAAAGUCUACAUCAAGGGUUAUAUCUACAGAUGUAACUUCAGAAACAAAAACUGAAGGGAAGCCAAAGGAGAAAACGGAAAGUGCAAACAGAACAUCGACCAUCACGAAUGGGACACGAUCUGAAGCAAACCCAUUUGAGGAAGAAGAAUGGGAUGAGGAAGGUGGAGAGGCUUUGGUGGACACAGGAGAGCCAGGUGUUCCUGUCAAGGCUCUGUAUGACUAUGAGGGAGCAGAGUCUGAUGAACUCAGCUUUAGACAAGGAGAUGUAUUUGAGAAGUUAGAAGAUGAAGAUGAACAGGGAUGGUGCAAAGGCAGGAAGGAUGGACGUGUGGGUCUGUACCCAGCAAAUUAUGUCGAAGUGGUAUCGCAGUAACUCGAUUAUUAAAACUUUACACAAAGUGCUUCCUUCCCAAAUGGAAUGCUGGCCAUUGUAUACAAAACCUUUUCAUAUGCUACAAAAUUUAUGGGAACAUACUCAAUUGGAAUCUUGAAGAAUAAGAAAUUGCUUCAUGCAGUUUAAUGUGUAUGGUGACAUGUAAACUGUUGUUUUAAGUAUUGUAUUGACUAGAAUACUUUAGAUUGAGUGUAUGGAGUUAUUCACCAUGGAGGAAAAUGAAAUAUGUAGAAUGCAAUAUAAAAAUUACUUUAAAUGUUGCAAUGUUUGUAACAUUCCAUAUGUAUAAACCUGGGAAGAAAAGUUUUACUGCUGCUGUUUUUUUCCUUUCUCUUGAUGUUUGCUCAACAUAAUAUCCUACUUGUGGGAUAAGUUAAGAAUGACAUUCUGAGCAUAAUACAGUAUUUUAUGUAAACUUACUAAUUUAAAGUUCAAAAGAAAGCUCCCUUGCUCAGUGUAUUUUGGUCUGAGAAUAACUUUGCUAUAACAUGCAACAAGCUAUGGUUUUGAUCAGUACUGAUAAACCAAAGCUAAUUCUGCUCAAAGUCAUAAUAUAUCCAAUCUGAAUAAAGACUUUUGGAAAUUGGAUUUGAUUUUUAUGGUCCUGUAAUAGGUUUGCAAUAUGAGCAAAGCAGUUUCUUGUUCUUGAGGUAAGUGAUUGUUAAAUAGUUGUGUAAGUUCUGAAAGUGAAGUGAGAGAUUAAGACACUCUUGAUUGGCCCAGCCAAUUUGUGCUCCUGACCGUUACAUCCCCCCCCCCCAGUGCUGCAAGAAUACUUCAUUAACAAGAACAUAUCACAAAUUGAUGAAGUUCCACACAGAAAACACUACCCGAGUUGUGUUACUCCAGUUGGCCAUGUAUAAAUGCAAUAUUUUCAGUGUAUGACUUUGUUUGCCAUUGAGUCCAAUACAUGUACUGAAGAUCCAUAUAAAUGAGAGAUUGAGUUCUAAAUAUCAUGUAUAUGUUGAGUUUCAGAUCUGUUAAUUAACAAAUUAAAGUAUAAAAAUGUUAAAGUGUACAUUCUUCCUGGUUUUAGGUGGGUUAUCUUCACACAUUCUAUGUUGUUCAUCCAUAAAAUUACUACUAAUUCUAUAAAAGAGUACAUCAAAAUAUUGAAAUGCAUUUGUGCUCUUUGUCAUGUUGACAUUUUGAAUUAUUGUUUGGUUUAGCUGUUACUUACUGUGAAAUGUUUUUAAGAAUGUAUUGAAGAGUUCUACUCAUCAAGAGCUAGAAUACUUGUGCAUUGGUUGUGUAGCGUAUAUUUAAGGAAAGUGAUACACUUCACUGCAGUGCGAUUUUGAAACGUGAUUAUUACAGUGAUUGGUGGACUGUAGUCGUGUACAAAGAGCAGCAGAUACACACUGCCUUUUUUAUCCCCUCACAAUUUCCAUGAAAUUCUUUUCAAGGUAGCAUAUUCCUGUAUGUGGCUCAGUUUUCUUUUCAGUGACAUGUCAGAUGUAAUACUAAUUUGUAACUGAAUGUUCUCAUUUUGUGAUAAAACUUUCAUCAUAAAUAUUUAAGCUUCUUUGUAACUAAAACAGUUAAAACUGGAGACAAAUUAGACACAGUCAUUAAAUAAGUAAAUUGUUGGUGAUUAUGACUUGAUUUGGGUGUUUGAAACUUGAGUUCAGGAAAUUUGUUUUUAAGUUACUGGUAUGUGCAUGAGAAUUGGAGGAAUAAUAAUAAGUCAUGGGGAUUAAUAUUGGUUAAAAAUUGAGAUGAAUCUAAGAAAGCAACUUAUGGGGCCAGAGCAGACUAGAUAUAUUGCAUGGAUAAUUUUUAUAAAAAGUGUUCAUAUAUAAUACAUUUACAAAUAUUUUGCCAGUUUAAAUGCAAGUAUCAUACUUCAUCACUGAUAGGCCUACAUGAAUGUUAACUAUCCACUAUGUAAUUAUGUAAAUAUAAUUAUGUGAAACUCAGUGUAUAGCUUAUACUUGAGGGCUGAGGGAAGGAAUUGAGAAACUAAUGGUUGUUCCAGUAACUUUGCCUGUGCUGUCUAUCCUCUGAACCUCCAGUAAAACAGGCUUUUGUAUAUUUUAGAUAAAAAUGUUAUAAUAGGAGUGUGUUGUGAUAAUGAAACAUAAUUUAUAUUCGCAGGUAUUUUGAGAAACUGGAAGAUCUUGAUAAUUAUUAUAUUUGUAUCUUUCCCUUCAAUGACUACAGAACUUAACUUUGUGGGAUGAAAAUGGUACUGUCUUAGUAACUUUAUGCUUUCAACCUUUUUACAUAACUGCAUUAGUAUAAGGUGAUACCAUUCCACGAACAUUUGGUUAGUGAUAUCCAUACAAAAUUGUUGUGCAGGUUUGUAUACAGGAUGAUUGAUGUGAUUCUUUGCAUGCAAGAGAACAAUCGACAUCUUUGUCAUCAUUGUCGUCAUCGUAUUCCCAAAACUGUGAACAUAUAGAACUUAGUAAAUUGCCAUUUGGCUAUGUAAACCUUUGGAUGAUAUGCUUUAUAUACAGAUAUGUAUACUGUUUU